UGUUCGCGCUCGUGCAAUCAUUGACGACCAACGUACAGACUCUUUUUGGUCCUACUUAAGUUUUCCUUACUUUCUCGUCUUUUUUUUUUCCCUUCUUUGCGAGUACUGCGGGAUAUCAUGAACUCGCUGUAUAACCAUGCUCUAAAACAAAGUCAAGCUUUACAAAGAGAUUUAGACAAAUUUGCAACUGGCCAAGAUGCUUCUGCCGGAUUGCAAGGUCAGAUAACGGCAUCGUUCAAUUCACUGCAGCGGUCCAUCGAUGACUACGAUAACCUGGCCAAACGUGAACUGAUUGCGACAAAAAAGGAGACUGCACAAACCCGUGUCAAGACGUUUCGACAGAGUCUGCAGGAAAUGAAAACCCGCUUCGAAAUGAUUAAAAAGCAGCAUGAAACGCAAAAAUACGAACAAAAUCGAGAAAGUUUGUUGGCAAGAAGACCAACAAGAACGAGCCUUACUCCCGACAUUACAUCAGCUCCUGAAUAUCCCUAUCAAUCGCGCUCCGAAUUCGCGAUGCGUCAGCACUCCUUCAUAGAUUCCACCGAUACACAGUUAGAUGAUUUUAUCACGCAAGCAUCCAACAUCUUAGAAAACCUUACCGAUCAACACGGCAUUCUCAAGAAAACGCAAAAGAAGCUUUUGGACGCAGCCAAUACCCUCGGACUUUCUCAAAACGUGAUUCGUUUUAUUGAGAGACGAACGGCACAAGAUAAAUGGAUCUUCAUUGCUGGAUUGGUGGUGACAAUUCUGCUUAUAUGGCUCAUUUCAAGUUAUUUAGGAUAAUCCAUUGUCAACUCCAAAAUUGCUAUAAUAAUGUAAAUAUGAUGCAUAUGUGAAUCAUACAGUACACCUUGUAAAUGAAUGUGAAUAAUGUGGAGAACCGGUAAAUGGCACAGUUUUCGGCGCCCUGAGAGCAGUAGUGGAGCAAACAACGCUUCUGAAUACCGCAGUGUCCAUUACGUGAUGGCUUGUAAAAUGGCUUACUGUAUAUUGAUCCUUGAAUGACGAUGAUGGGAAACCCCUCUUGGCAUGCUUUUUAAUGUGAUCUACCCAAUUAUGAUGAUUUUAAUGAGGCAACAUGGUGAUACUGCUGUGUGUGAGAGGUAAAAUGACUAUCCAGAGAUGUCAUAAAUAUCGUACAAUGGAGCAGGUAAUGCGUGACUGCAUUUGUCCCACUAGCGCACGCAUU